GGAUAUCAACGUCGCUUUGUAAAAUACGUUAUGGGGACAAAAAACAUCCCAGUGCUGAUCCAACCACGGGAACUCCACAUGAGCUUGUCAAUAUGCCUGGUGCCCCGUGUAAUGUCUGGAGGGCGCCUGCAGAUUUAUGGGAAUCGUUUGCGCUAUUUUCAGAAACCAAACGCACACACCCAUCCGAAUGCGCAAUGGAAGUGGGAAGCAAAAUCUGCACAAACUUAUCGGUCGGGGGCCAGGAUCCCAGAUGUUGUGACCAAAACGAAACCUCUCUAAGUCACGCAGAGUCGACAGAAAAACGGCUGAAUGACUGGAGCAUGGAAAACGGACUUCGCCUUUCUGCGUGUCCAGACUCAACUCAGUGCACGGGGUCAGAGGAGAGGCUGCAGAUGCGCUCACACGUGAACUUACCUGCUCCUGUUAAAGCGGACUCGCCGCUUCAUCACUACGCGCCUCCUCAUCAUACUGUCAGACGCACGAAUAGUGACUCUGGCUGCGAAGUCAAAUGCUCGCUUCUAAAUCACAAAGAUAAGAGCAAAAUUAGCUUUAGGAAGAAUGUCAUCACUGGCUCUACCCUCGAUCUAAAAAUAAAGAAAAGGGGAGAUUCGAAAAUGCGACUAUUCACGGUAGACACCAAGCCUUUGGGUGACUUCAUUUGCCAGCUUUGCAAGGUGGAGUAUCCCGAUCCCUUUUCUCUGGCGCAGCACAGGUGCUCCGGAUUAGCUCGGGUAGAUUACCGCUGUCCGGAGUGCGACAAAGUUUUCAGCUGCCCAGCAAAUCUGGCUUCUCAUCGUAGAUGGCACAAGCCUCGUCCCACAAAAAAGGACGAGAUCCACGACGGCAGGCAAACACAGCGGUGCGUGUUAGGGGAUCCGGUGCGGGAGCAGAAAGGCGAUGCCGAGAAGAUGCCUAUGAAUGAUCAGCACCUUUCACACCCGGAGAGUUCCCAUUCGCAAAGUACGCGCAAGACAGAUAAACCAUACAAAAGGCUGAAAUCGCAGGAAAGGUCACCCCGAAACCUUAAUUAUAAAGCGUCAGAAAAGAGUUUCAACCAAUAUCGUACGAUGCUGGACCGCGCUAGCAGGACAGUAACCGCUAACUCCGAAAAAUAUUCUAUAUACACUGGUCUCUACUCUCCAUGCAUAGGAACACAGCAGCUGAGUGUAGGAAAUGUAUCCAGCAAUACAUUCCGUGGACAUGAAUUUCUGGGAAAUCACAUGGCUGCCCAAGACAACGCUGGAUCUUCGACUUAUUACCAGACACAAGCAGGGCAAACACCAGUUUCCUGUCUGUUUUGCGGGAUCCCUCUUCCCUCUGCGGAAAUACGGGAUAAACACAUGUUGUGGCAUGUCAGAUCUGAAGAGAUUCUCGGUAAUCCGGGUGGGAGCGAUAAUACGGUGGCGAGACUGGGAAUCUUCAAUUUAGAGCGUCAGAUCUUUCUUUUCUAAACGCCCAGUGCCAUGCACCUCUCUUCGGUGGGGAUACCAGCUCACCUAAGCCGACAGAAGGCGGUUUCUAUGGACAUGCCAUCCGUAUAAUGACGAUUUCUGUGUAUAUAGGCUACGCAUAUUUCAAAAUGGCACAGUGACUUGUUUUUGUAAUUUUCCGUAUCUGUA